UCAGUCUUAGUUGAAUUAAAUAAUAGUUAAGCUUCAGUUGUAUUUUGUUAACGCAACAGGUCAGUUCAUUAUAUCGCGUGUAUUAUAUACUCGUAUAUAUAUAUACAUUGUAUAAAAAUAAUAAAAUAAAAAAGAAACAGACGAACAACAACUAAUAGACAAUAGUUUAAUAUUAUUGGUAUAUUAACAUAUCAGUAACGAAAAAAUAAAAAUUCUGCAGCAGACUUAACAGUAAGAAAGUUGUAAGAAAAUUUAAUCAUGGCUGGAAAAUUUAAAUAUGAACUGGGAAUUAAUGAAUUUAAAUCAACAAAAGAUAAAAUUUACAGAGCAGUUAUAGCUGAAUUUUUGGGUAACUUUAUAUUAAAUUUCUUUGCUGUUGGCGCAUGUACACAAAUACAAGAUGGAACCUUUAAAGCUUUAGCAUUUGGUUUAGGAGUUUUUAUGGCAAUUGUGAUUGUCGGGCAUGUUAGCGGAGGUCAUGUAAAUCCAGCAGUAACACUUGGAAUGUUAGUUGUUGGAAAAAUUUCAGUUUUCAAAGCGCUAUUGUAUAUAAUUGCACAAUGUUGUGGUGCUAUUGCUGGAACAGCUUCAAUUAAGGCGCUGUUGGAUGAAAAAUACUAUAAUGGUUUAGGACACACUUCUCUAGCAGAACAUCAAACAGCGUUACAAGGUUUAGGUUUUGAAUUCUUCUUGGGACUCGUCCUAGUGCUUACAGUAUUUGGAGCAACAGAUGAAAAUAAAAAAGAUAAUCACUACACCGCUCCAUUUGCAAUUGGAAUGUCGGUAACUUUAGGACAUUUAGGUACAAUUAGAUAUACCGGGUCAAGUAUGAAUCCAGCAAGAACGUUAGGCACAGCGGUUAUUACAGGAGUUUGGGAUGAUCAUUGGAUUUAUUGGGUUGGUCCAAUAUUAGGUGGUAUCGCUGCUGCAUUAAUAUAUACUCAAAUUUUACAAAGCAAACGUGAUAUUUCGGACGAAUAUAUGCCUCCAGCAGACAGUGAAGAGCUCAAAAAGUUUGAAAAACGCCACGAAUAUGCAUAAAAAUCGCUUCUAUUUUUUCUAAUUUAAAUUAAUUAUUUAAGUUUGUCUUAAAAAUAUUUUUGUCUAUUUUAUUUAAUGUAUGUAUGUAAUUAUUAUAAGAACAUAAGUUAUAAUAAAUUAUUUACGACACAGUAAUUUUAUAAAAUUUU